AUGGUGGGGGGUUGGAAGGGCGAGGCUGUUGAGUGGCAUAGAACCCAUGGGGCUAGAGAGACUCCAGAAUAUCCAAUCCAACCUUGGAACCUCGGAGCAUUAAGCCUCAAGUCAAACCCAUCUGAGCUUUGA